AUGAACAGCCCUGCCCAAUUGGCACACAGCGUCAAGAGCAAAGAAGAGGACGAGAACUUGAAAGAAUAUACAGACUUCCUGGAUGAAUUCGCUGAAGACCAAGAUGAAAACGGAAGUAGUGAAGCCGAUGAUCUCAACUCUGAUCCCAACGCUGCAAAUGAUGAUUACAGCGCGAAAGUGGUGAUCAAGAAGAAAACACCAACCAAAAAAUCGAUCAAAUCCAUGGCGAAAAUUUCAAUGGCAAGUCUCAGAAAUGAAGAAGUGACAGACAGUGAAAAUGAGGAGCCUGCCCCACGACUCGGCCACAAGCCAGCCGACAACCAGACCCUAUAG